UCCCAGGAACUUUCUGUCGGGUGGUACCCUCCGGUCCGGUGCCGAACUGUUCGGUUGUAUGUUGUUGGUUCGGUUCGGAGCACGCGACUGUUUCACAAAAAGAGCGCAGAACCGGAACCAGGUACCCAGCCAAGGUACCACAGGUCCCAGUGCUCUGCCAUGAGCAUCCACCCUCGCCGGAUCCGCCUGAAGCCCUGGCUGCUGGCCCAGGUGAACAGCGGCAGGUAUCCGGGUCUGCAGUGGCUCGGUUCGGAGCAGCGGCUCGGUUCGGAGCAGCGGCUCUUUCAGAUCCCAUGGAAACACGCGACCCGCCACACGCCGAUGUCGGAGGAGGAGAACACCAUCUUUAAGGCGUGGGCCGUGGAGACCGGGAAGUACCAGGAGGGUGUGGACGAACCGGACCCGGCCAAGUGGAAGGCGAACCUGCGCUGCGCGCUCAACAAGAGCCGUGAGUUCCGGCUCAGGUUCGACGGAACCAAGGAGACGCCGCUCCGUCCCUACAAGAUCUACGAGGUCUGCGACGGAACCGGCGCUGCAGACGGAGCCGAGGACGACGAUGAGGAGAUGCCGGACCUCACCGAUCUCUCCAUCAACCCUCGGAUCGAGCCCGCCUCUUUUCCGCCCUUCGGGUCGGCCCAGGUGAUCUCGAUGCCGCUGCUGCCCCUGACCUCUGACCUCCAGCCUCGGGGUUCAAUGGCGGACCUGAGAAGCUUCGACCCGGCCAGACUCCAGAACCUGAACCCGCUGUCCUCUACUCAGCCAGAAUCCAUGGAGGCCAGCAGCAUGGAGUCCGUCCAGAACCAGUCGGACCAUCAGAACCAGCAGCCCUGCAAGUACGACCUGCUGAGCAGCGUCCCACUAACAGAUCUGGACCUGAAGUUCUGGUACCGGGGCCGGGCCAUGGGCUCCCUGACGGUCAGCAACCCCCAGGGCUGCCGGCUCUACUAUGGCCACCUGGAACCGACGCCGGAGCAGGUGGACCUGUUUGGUCCAGUCAGUCUGCAGCAGGUUCUGUUCCCGGGAACGGUGGAGAUCCAGAACCAGAAGCAGCGAUUCUACACGGACGCUCUGCUGGACGUGAUGGACCGCGGUCUGAUCCUGGAGAUCCAGCAGCAGGACAUCUAUGCCAUCCGCCUCUGUCAGUGCAAGGUAUUCUGGUCUGGCCCGGGAAUGCCAGAACUGGGUCCACCCAACCCCAUGGAGCGGGAGAGGAGGAUCCGGGUGUUCAGCCUGAACGACUUCCUGCAAGGGCUCAUCUCGUUCCAGAAGGGCGAAGCCGCCAACCCGCCGCCAUUCGAAGUCUUCUUCUGCUUCGGAGAGGACUGGCCGGACAGGAAGCCCAAAGAGAAGAAGCUCAUCAUGGUCCAGGUGGUUCCGGUGGUGGCCCGGAUCCUGACGGAGAUGUUCUCCGGAGAGCUGGCCUGGUCCACCGACAGCAUCCGGCUGCAGAUCUCCAACCCGGACGUCAAGGACGAGACGGUGGAGCAGUUCAAGGAGCUGCAGCGGCUGCUCCAGAACCAACUGGGUCCAACCGGGCCCUGGGCACCCGCCAGCUCUCUAGAGGCCUCUACUGGGUUCUCCAUGGGGACCAGCUGAGACUAGAACCUGGACCAGAACCCUGGGGUUCAACCUCUGCGACAUCACAAAGUGUUGGGUCGUUGGACCAGAACGGUUUUCUGCUUUGCUGUCUAAAGGUCCAGGCAUUUGGUUCUGAAAACCUCCAAACUCUCAGUCUGGGUUCUACUUGCCUACCCGGUCCCACGUGCUGACCCAGAAGGUUCUGGUUCCUUCCUGAAGGUUUUCAUUUGGACUUUGGCUGCUACAGGCUCUGGUUCUGACGGAAUCCAGACCCGGCUUCUGAACCGGGCCUGUCCACACAGAACCCGCUCAUCACAGUUCUAGGUAGUUUGGUACCGGUACCGGUAGUUGGUUGGUGAGUGCGACCCAAACCAGAGACAGAAACAUGGUUCUGGUUUGUGGGGAAUUCUUUAGCGGUUCAGGAACUCUUCUAGAACCAAAUCAGUCGGACCCAAUUAAACGAUUUCCAUCUGGCAAGUCCGGUACCAGCAUGUGUCCGGGUCAGAAUCGCUGCAGUAUUCUGCUGCUGGUCCAUCAGAACCAAAUCUGCAUUUUUGUCAUUGAUUGUUUCAGUUUGCUCUCUGGCGCCGCCCGGAGGACGGACCGGGCCCUGCAGCAGGAACCAGUCUAACCAGAACUCCCAGUCUCAGGUGAGGAUGACCUCACCCUUCAUCAGGUGGGGUCAGGUUACAGAAACACCUGAGCUCAGGUGUUACUGGUUAGACUGGUCCCAGUGCGUCUCCCUUUGUAAAACCACAGAAGAAGAAGCAGAAGCAGUUUUCAGCUGUUUUAUUGUUUACAGCAAGGCUACAUCACCACUGAUGUCAUGGUGUCAGUCCGCCUCAUUACCCACAGUCCUCUCUGUUUCCAUUCAUGGAAAAACAACUAAAAUAAACCAAAGAUAAAAGGUCAAAGGUGACGCCAAAUCCUCCAGCGUUCCGCCACGCGGCCCACAGCAUCAUGGGAAAUUUUUUGGCUCUGUUUUUUGGCACGGACAGAAACAUCUUGACCAAAGUCCCAAAAAUAAAUCUCUUAAAAACAGUUGAGCAGGCACGUCCUGAUUAAUCGCCUCCGAGGGUCCAGCAGGAACCGGUCCUGACCCCGCCCACCCAGAACCACCUGCUGCAGGUGAGCUGGGGGGGGUGGGCUCCGUCCGUCUCUCCUCCGUCGGGUCACAGAGUCCCGUUUCACAUUCAAAGUCCCUCCGUCUUCCUCGUCUGCAGUCGCAGCUUUUUGCCGUCACCUCUGAAUGUUGGUCAACUAAAGAUUUAACCUGAGGAAGAGGAGGAGGAAAAGGAGCAGUUCCAGCUCUUCAUCAGUCAUCUCAGGACACUUUCUAUGAAACCACACUGUAAAAACACAAACUAAGUAUUUUGUUCUUGUUUCUACAGCAAAUAUCUUGAGAUAAAGAAACGUUUGAGCAGGUAA